GGUUGAAUCUAUUGCCCCUGUUUCCUGUCACAUGGGUUGGAAAUAGGAUCCCUGCUUUCUACUAUCUGUUCCCGUCUCCGUGGUGUCAGUGUAGUAGUAGCCGUAAGACCUGCCUUGAAGUUCAGGGACUUUUAACGGCGGCCAAAGAGCGACCGCCGCACACACCCGGACAGUCAGUCAGUCCAGCAGCCCCGCCGGUCCGCGCAUCUGUCCGCCAGGCUGCGCUUCACCUGAGAGCCACUUCACGCUCUUUAACCACACGAUGGAUUCCUGGACAGUCACCUCUGCGCUUCUCCUCGCUGGGGUUAUUUCUUCUGCGGCUUUUAGUCAUUUCGACUCCGAGUGUUACACUGCCAACGGAGAAGACUACAGGGGCUUCCAGAACCAGACCAGCCUGCAUGGAGGUAAACCCUGCCUCUUCUGGAAUGAGACCUUCCAGCACCCUUACAACACCCUCAAAUACCCCAAUGGAGAGGGUGGUUUGGGCAGGCACAACUACUGCAGGAAUCCUGAUGGGGACGUUCAGCCGUGGUGCUACAUUGCAGAUCACGAGGACGGGAUCUACUGGAGAUACUGCGACAUCCCUACAUGCCAGAUGCCUGGGAACUUGGGCUGCUUCAAAGACAGCGGUGACCCGCCCACUCUGUCCGGCACCAGCGAGACCUCCAACAAACUCACCAUCCAGAACUGCAUUAGCUUCUGCAGGAAGCAGAGAUACAAGCUUGCCGGAAUGGAAUCAGGAUACGCCUGUUUCUGUGGCAACGAAGUGGACCCACGUGACCACGGCGAGUCGCCGAGCAUGGAGUGUAACCAUGUUUGCUUCGGAGACCACACCCAGCCCUGCGGUGGAGACGGCUGGGUUAUCAUCUUCGACACCCGGGUGGGGGCCUGCGGUGGAAACUAUUCCUCUCCAUCAGGAGUGAUCUACUCCCCUGACUUCCCCGACAAGUAUGCCCCUGGCCGUGUUUGUUACUGGACCAUCCAGGUCCCUGGAUCCUCCGCCAUCCUCUUCAACUUCACCUUCUUUGACAUCUCCGACCAGACGGACAUGGUGGAGCUACUGGACGGCAACACCAACCAGGUGGUGGCGCGCUUCGACUGGCGCAGCCCGCCACGGGAGCUGGUGAACGUCACAGGCGACUUCGUCAUACUGUACUUCUACUCAGACCGCACCAACCAGGCCCAGGGAUUCGCUCUGCUUUACCAGGCUCUGAGAAGCCAAGACACCCAAACAACGGAUGCUGAAGGAGAUGAGGAGGAUGAGGGAGAGGACGUCUCCAGCACAGCGGGGCCCCAAUUAGCUGUCACCGAGAGAUCCAACAGCACCUCCAACGGACGCUCCUCCCAGAUCCUCUACGUGAUCACGUCCAGCCCCGGUAAACCGGAGCACAACAUGCCAGGUCAGUGGGCUGGACGCGGCGAGACCACCGGCCACAGCGCUAUGUGGACCAUUUACGCUCUGGCUGCCCUCCUCAUACUGACAGUCAUAGCCAUGGUGGCAAAGCUGCUGCUGCACAUCACAGUCAAGUCCCCGAACAUCCCAACGGUCAGCGGUUCAGACAGCUGCAGCCAGAGCACGGCCUCCUCUGAGCCUUGGAUCAUCCUGUACCGGCCCUCCACCAUCUCCCUCUUCAAGAAGAAGCUUAAGAACCACCACGGCGACCUCAGCCCCCUGGUGGGCAACUAGUGCCACUGCUGCGCUCCGCCGUUCACCAAACGCUACCGCCACCCACAACUACUCUGUACAAGGGCCGUCAGAUGCCAGGCCCUCAGACAAUGAAACUCUAUGAGGCGCUACGCUAACAAGCCAACAACUGAGUGGCUAAUGACAACUGACUGAGUGACUGCUGCUAAGUGGCCUGCGGGCCGAAGUGGCUGGGCCCUCCCAUCCUGCUCGGCACCGAGGAGGAGGGGGACAGGCAGGGCUGUCAGUGACCUCGGUGUGGGAGAGGAGAGCGAAGGAUUAGAUGGAGGAAGAUCUACAGCUCUGACAAAGACUCACAGACGCUUUUAACAUGCGGGAAGCUUCUCUGGUUCAGCGAGUCUCCAUUUACAUCACCCACAGAUGUCCCUAACAAUCAACAUACCUCCAAAAAACCCUUCCAGACUGCUGGCUCACCAGUGAAAAAGAGUGCAGGGUGCAGAAUAAUGGCUAACUUCACUGUCUGUGUUCAGCGUAGGAAACAGGGAGGUUUACCUCUUCCUGGUGCUUCAGAGUGACAGCCGAAUCUUCAUCAGCAUCAAGGAGACGAUGAAGAAAUGGAGUCUUUAAUACACGUGUGCUGUAACAAUUAACACCUUAACAGUUUUGUAGAACUCUUCUAACUGCCUCAUACGGACGAUGAACACUUGCAGCCAAAAACCAGAAUCCUCCCAUCCAAAGAGUUGUGUUUUUGUUUGUCUUUUUGACGUGUUUUACGCGACAGCUAGCUUUCUGCUGAGAGGGGAACAGGACGUGGAGACGUCACACAAAAAAGCAGAUAUCACAGCACUUAGGGGUUGAAUCACUCGCCGUAAAAUGAAAAGAUCAGAGAGAAAGAGAGCGCGCUCGCCCACUCCUUCACUCAGCGCUCAUGUGGAUUUGGGUGGAGAGGAGAAGUAGCGUUGUUCACCAGGGGGGUUGGGUGGUGCAGUUUGCAGACAAACUGCCAUUUAGGGAGACUUGGGAAGAUCUGAGGGCUUUUUCUGCUCGGUUGUGGGUGGGAGUCUUUCCGGUUUGAUGGCGUUCAAGUGCCUUAAGGAUCUUCUCUUCCCUUGUCUCAGAUUCCUCACAUCUGCUUCUUUCGCGAAGCGGAGUGAGGUCCCUCACAAGAGUCUGCACUUCUUUAAAAUCAGCAUGGACGUGAAGAGUUUCGGUCCGACAUAGGAUUUCCACCACUGAAAUGUAAAGUAAAGAAAUGAUGCCACAUCUUGUACAGUGAUUGAAAGCAUUCGAUAUUAGUCUUUUGAAACAUAGUACACUCAACUGAACACCUCUCCAAACUGGAUCUUUUACAUUUUUUGUUACAUGAUGUACGUUAGAUGAUUUGUUUUUGUUUCCAAAAUGAACACACAGCCUUUUGGAAGAGAACUCGUCACUCGUAACGGACAAGGCUUUAAAAGAAACGUUUGUUUUUCAUUUCUGUGUGCUCUUAUGUGUAGUCUUGGACAUUUACUGAACAUAUUGUUCACAUUAAGUUGUCUUUUGAUUACAGGGGAGGAUGAAUAUUGUUGUAUAUUAUGUAAUUCAGUGUGGGAAUGAUGAUAUUUAUGUCAGCUCUUUCAUUUUGUGACUCGGCAAAGCAUUUGAGAGACCCGUCAAAGUGCUUUUGGUACUUACUCGUCAAUUUAGCUCAAAGGUGGAUGCAUUUCUUUCUCUCUUUAGACAGCAGUAAAUUGCCUAAAUUCCGCAAAACUCUGCAGACUUGGAAGCCUUUACUUGUCACCUCGAUUUCAGGGCAAAAGGUUGAGCACGUACAAUAUAACCAGACAGAAAUCUACCCAAAAGCACUCAACGGUACUAUGCACAAGCUGACAGCAGGUUUGCAGCUGUGACAGUUUUCUGUGCAUUGCUGUGACAUUUAAAGUACUUGCGAAAGGUCAAGCUCUACUGGUUCGCCAUCGGCAUAACAAUUGGCCUUUCCUGUCGUGGUACUGGAUGUUAGCGGGGGUCUCUGCAGAUGGCCACCCUGAAAAUCUUCUUAUCAGUGACAGACAGGAUAUAGGAUUACAAUUCUAUAAUUAUAAUUAAUAAAAUUUGAAACGCCAGUGCACUUAAGUUUGCUUCUACUUACAAAACGAAACAGUACUUAUUCACUUUUGCAUUCAGUUGCCGUGAAGAGAAAAAAAAACUAUUAGUACUUUGUGCAGCAACCUGAGCACUUGAGAGGAAAAGUUGUAUUUGACACAUGAUGCAGCCUCGCAGUGACAUUCAAGUCAGAAGAUUUAUAGUUUUUCAAGAAUCACACAGAUUUUGAGGCCCAUAAAACGAUGAAGAACCUUUCUUUCCCCAUCAGAUGUUUUUAAAGAUGUGACUCUGUGCUGUAUUCUAGCCUGUCUGCUCAACUGUAACUCAUCUUAAUUAUUGCAAGACAAGAGCACAUGCCCCUGGGUCUGUGAUGUUCAGAGCAGACCAUGCAUAGAGAGAGGGAGAAAAGAGAGCCUAGAUGUGAGAGCGAUGGGAAAUUAAUGUGUGUUCAAAUCAAACACAAGCUAACUAAAUCUGACAGUUAAAAUCUAACAAGGGCAUAUUUGUUUGGAUAGCCUGGUGAAUUAUGCAAACUCCCAUUUUCUGUCCCGUCCUCCACUCAAUUGGAAAAUUCCACGCUAUCUUCUGAGCGGCGGAAACGGUCUUUUCUCAAACUGUAGUUGAUGUGAAUGUCCUGUAGUGCUCGAUGACAUGAAAACAACACCAGAGGCCGUGUGGGAAAUGAUCUGGAGCGGCCAAAACAUUGUUUUCAUCAAAUUCAAAUUGUAAAUAGCAAAAUAGUGAAAUGUUUAAUUUAUACAGUAAAUUAUUGUUAUUUUGUAUGUGAAUGGGAUAUAAUCUAUCUUUUGUAUAAGUGAAGUACCUUUGUAGUUUUAUUUAAUGUGUCCUGUUGCAAAAUAAACACUGUAUGCAUGUU